AUGUUCAAGCAUAGAGAGAACUUGGCCCACGAGCCCUUCAGCAUAGACCCACGGGGGAGCGGAACCACCAUGCGGGCGGUCAGCUUCGGCCAAGAGCAGAAGCAGCAGUCUGGCGACAGAAGCAAUGCCCCGGUAGCGGCAGCGAAAAAGCGACCCCGUGACAUUCGCGGGAUUGAGCGGUUUAGAGAAGUCGUUUAUGGUGAGAAGGGACUGCCGCGUUUCCACGCAAUGAUAGCGCGCAACCCCAUUAUUGUGUACCCACCGGCAGGAAUAGACGCGGCGCGACGACGAAUGCAAAAGAAGCGUGAGGAGGCAGUUGUCGCGCCAAACGAGGGCCGCAAUGCGGGGAAGAAGAAUGAACAUGAUCCCCACCCUUUAGAGGGGGACAAAGAAUUAUGGGCAAUGUUUGAGGAGCGUCGGGCCGCCGAGGCAUCUGCGACUCCUAACGGCUCUCAGGUUCAACAGGUCACUGGGAGUGAAGCAGGUCUGCAGUCCGCUGCCGCCGCUCCCGUGGAUACGUCAACGGGGGAGAAAAAUGACCGGGAAGUAGCGAACUAUCAUCAUCGACAGCUGGAUGCCCUCGUGGGGCUUUACUAUGAGUUUAACCACCUCACUUUUAUGAAGCUGCCAAUGAAGGAUACGCUGCAGCUGCUUCAACGCUGCGGGAGAGAGGCGGUUGCGCACUGCUUAGAGUUUGAGAUGCAACUGCGCAUGCGACGCGAAACAAGACUCAAGGAACUGGAUGCCGUGGCGGAAGAGGAGAGGGAACUGAAGAGACGUCAGGUGGAGGCGCAAGAAAAAUUGCUGGAGAUGCAACUGCAGGCGGCGGAAACGAGGCAACGUGGCAUAGCCGAGGAAAAGAAUGAAGAGGAGGAGAAUGCAAAAGGAGAAAAGAGUGACGAAGCGGGUGGUGCACCGUAG